AUGGCGGACGUAAUCUCAUUCACACCUCAACAUGAGGAAGAGUUGAGCGAUGAGCAGAUGCAAGAGAUGCUCGCUCAGGCGGCCAGACGUCGCAAGGAGAACGCCAGCGUUGCGCUUUUCGACAAUGACAACAAAGACAAGGCCAGCCAGUUCAACUUCCCCAAGCUCAACACUGGAGAGAUGGUGCAGCCUUAUGUCUCGAACGCUGGAGAUGUCGCCACUGUUGAUCGUUCGCGCUUGUUGGCUGAGCAGGACCGCAAGUUGUCGAACCAGAUCCGCAAGGUUGAGGAUCCUGUGGCUGUCAAGAAGAAGAUGCUUGAGUCUAAGAAAGCCACUGCCGGUGAACAAUGGUACAACAUGCCUCGUACCGACCUCACUCCCGAGUUGAAGAGAGAUCUCCAGCUGCUGAAGAUGCGUAACGUGCUUGAUCCGCAUAGACACUACAAGAAGGAUGGCGGCAAGAUGAGACCUCCAGAAUACUCUCAGGUCGGCACAAUCGUCGAGGGCCCUACCGAGUACUUCUCUGGCAGACUCAACAACAAGGAUCGCAAGAAGACCUUUGUCGACGAAGUAUUGUCCAGCGAGAAGGACACUGGUCGUUUCAAGAGAAAGUAUGGCGACAUCCAGACCUCCAAGACGAGCGGAAAGAAGUCAUACUACAAGGCCCUCCAAGCCAAGCGCUCCUUCGACCCCAAGAAGAGAUGA